GGCCUGAGGCGGCUAUUGUCUGGCGCUCCUGGCUGGGCUGCGUCAGGCUGGGGGGCCAGGGCCGGGCGGGUGGCGGUGUGAGCGCGGUGUCCCCGGGUGUGCGGGAGGGGCCGCGGAGUCUCUGGAGCCUGUCCCCAGGGGCUGGGGGCCGGGACCGCUGGCAGUUUGACCCUUCGCUUGGAGCUGGCCGGGAGCCGGUGGGCGCUUCUCGGCUAGUGCCCAGGACAGGUGCCUGGGGACCCGGGUGGGGGGCCAGGACCUUCCUGGGCAGCUUCUGUCUAUGCAGGAGGGAGGCUGAGUCUAGAGAAGGAAGCCCGGGUAGGCCUUCUGGUCCCUGAGGGGCUUCCUAUUCUCCCCUCCACACCCCCUACGCGGGCUCUGACUCCCAGGACCUGCAAAGGAGCUUCCGGAGCUUUAAUGGAAGUUCUCUCUGCCUCCAAGGCGCACGUGAUGGGAGGGGUGGAGACAGGCCCUGCCCACCUAUUGAUGCUGGAGGGGAUCUCCAGGGAAAACCGGGGUCCUCCCCCUCUCAGCUUUGAAGUGAUGGGGGGGCAUAGGCAAUCUGCCUCCUGCUCAGAGCAGUGUGGGUUUGGUAACAGGCAGGGAAACUGAGGCUGAGCAGAGAAAAGACCAGCCAGGAUCAUCUGUGGUAGUAGGCAGGUUUCCCACACACCUAUCCACCUGGGCAGCCAGGCCCCUGCCUGUCAUACAGCCCUGGUGUGGCCCCCAGGGUCUGGCUUUCAGAGAUGGAGGGACCAGUUUUUAGGAAAUUCAUGGUCACACUGUGUCUUAUGACCCUGAGCUAAGCUUGGGGAAGCUAAGGUGGAUGACAGCCCUGCUCUCCAACCCCAAGUUUGCUCCCCCAGCUUGGCUUUUUGGCUCCUCUGCCUGGCGCUACGCCCUGGCAGGUGCAUUACUGUGGGGGGGGUCGAGUUCCAGGUCCUGGAGACUGGUCAGAGGCUGUGGUACCAAGGGAGAGGGUGUUUUGUGGUGGCCAAGGGCUUGCUACCUGGUGGGAGAUGCCAGCCUGGCUUGUCCUGGACUCUACCUGGGAGGGCCAUGCUGGGGAUGGAGAAGCGUCAUUCAUUCAUCCAUCUGGCAGCAGCCACCUCGUGCCCUCUGGGAGCCUGGCCCUCAGGUGUGGGAUCCAGGAGCAGAGCCCAGGCAGCCAGGCCUCACUGGCCACGAUGCCAGAGGCGCCUGAUGUGCUGGAGGAGACAGUGACGGUGGAGGAGGAUCCUGGCACACCCACAUCCCAUGUGUCUGUUGUCACAUCCGAAGAUGGCACGACCCGGCGCACCGAGACCAAGGUCACCAAGACUGUCAAGACGGUGACCACUCGGACGGUCCGCCAGGUGCCCCUGGGCCCGGACGGACUCCCCCUGCUGGAUGGCGGCCCCCCACUAGGCCCUUUUGCCGAUGGUGCCCUGGACCGGCAUUUCCUGCUGCGUGGUGGUGGCCCAGUGGCCACACUUUCUCGAGCCUACCUCACCAGUGGGGGCAGCUUUCCCGAAGGCCCCGAGCCCCGGGACGGCCCCAGCUAUGGCAGCCUGUCCCGAGGGCUGGGCAUGCGGCCCCCACGUGCUGGCCCGCUUGGCCCAGGCCCUGGCGAUGGCUGCUUCACACUGCCUGGCCACCGGGAGGCCUUCCCUGUGGGUCCUGAGUCUGGGCCACCAGGUGGCCGCUCCCUGCCCGAGCGCUUCCAGGCAGAGCCAUAUGGCUUGGAGGAUGACACGCGCAGCCUGGCCGCUGAUGAUGAGGGCGGCCCUGAGCUAGAGCCUGACUAUGGCACAGCCACGAGGAGGAGGCCUGAGUGUGGGCGGGGCCUUCACACCAGGGCCUACGAGGAUGCUGCAGAUGAUGGCAGUGAACUGCUGGGUGAGCGGCCUGCGUUCUCAGCAGUGACAGCGCCCCUGGCCCAGCCUGAACGGGGCAGCCUGGGCAGCCUGGAUCGGCUGGUACGGCGCUCACCCUCGGUGGAUAGCGCCCGCAAGGAGCCACGCUGGCGGGACCCAGAGCUGCCUGAGGUGCUGGCCAUGCUGAGGCACCCCGUGGACCCCGUGAAGGCCAAUGCGGCUGCCUACCUGCAGCACCUGUGCUUUGAGAACGAGGGAAUCAAGCGGCGUGUACGGCAGCUGCGGGGGCUGCCACUGCUCGUGGCACUGCUGGACCACCCGCGGGCUGAGGUGCGGCGCCGGGCCUGUGGGGCACUGCGCAACCUCUCCUAUGGCCGCGACACUGACAACAAAGCCGCCAUCCGGGAUUGUGGUGGUGUGCCUGCUCUGGUGCGCCUGCUGCGGGCCGCCCGGGACAACGAGGUCCGCGAACUGGUCACUGGCACACUGUGGAACCUGUCAUCCUAUGAGCCCCUGAAGAUGGCCAUCAUUGACCAUGGCCUACAGACGCUGACCCACGAGGUCAUCGUGCCUCACUCAGGGUGGGAGCGUGAGCCCAACGAGGACUCCAAGCCACGGGAUGCUGAGUGGACAACUGUCUUCAAGAACACGUCGGGCUGCCUGAGGAAUGUAAGUUCCGAUGGUGCCGAGGCCCGGCGGCGACUCCGGGAGUGUGAAGGGCUGGUGGACGCGCUCCUGCAUGCCCUGCAGUCAGCGGUGGGCCGGAAGGACACGGACAAUAAGUCGGUGGAGAACUGCGUGUGCAUCAUGCGGAAUCUGUCCUACCACGUGCACAAGGAGGUGCCCGGGGCCGACAGAUACCAGGAGGCUGAGCCUGGGCCCCUGGGCAGUGCUGUAGGCUCCCAGCGCCGAAGGCGGGAUGAUGCCAGCUGCUUUGGUGGCAAGAAGGCCAAAGAGGAGUGGUUCCACCAAGGAAAGAAAGAUGGUGAGAUGGACCGGAACUUUGACACGCUGGACCUGCCCAAGCGAACUGAGGCUGCCAAAGGCUUUGAGCUGCUGUACCAGCCCGAGGUGGUACGUCUCUACCUCUCCCUCCUCACGGAGAGCCGGAACUUCAACACCCUGGAGGCUGCCGCUGGUGCCCUGCAGAACCUCAGUGCCGGCAACUGGAUGUGGGCCACAUACAUCCGCGCCACAGUGCGCAAGGAGCGCGGGCUGCCAGUGCUGGUGGAACUGCUGCAGUCUGAGACCGACAAGGUGGUACGCGCUGUUGCCAUCGCCCUGCGCAACCUCUCCCUGGACCGGCGCAACAAAGACCUCAUCGGGAGCUACGCCAUGGCCGAGCUGGUGCGGAACUUGCGCAAUGCACAGUCUCCGCCACGACCGGGGGCCCACCUGGAGGAGGACACCGUGGUGGCCGUGCUCAACACCAUCCACGAAAUCGUAUCCGACAGCCUAGAUAACGCACGCUCGCUCCUGCAGGCACGCGGGGUGCCUGCGUUGGUGGCUCUCGUCGCCUCCAGCCAAUCAGUACGGGAGGCGAAGGCAGCGUCACACGUGCUGCAGACAGUGUGGAGCUACAAGGAGCUACGUGGUACCCUGCAGAAAGAUGGCUGGACCAAGGCACGCUUCCAGUUAGCUGCUACUACUACCAAGGGGCCUAAGGGAGCACCGAGUCCUGGGGGAUUUGAUGACAGCACGCUGCCACUGGUGGAUAAGAGCCUCGAGGGCGAGAAAACUGGCAGCCGGGAUGUGAUCCCCAUGGACGCACUGGGCCCAGAUGGAUACUCCACGGUGGACCGGAGGGAGCGGAGACCGAGGGGCACUUGUUCUGCAGGAGAGGCCUCUGAGAAGGAGCCAUUGAAACUCGACCCCAGCAGGAAGGCCCCUCCCCCAGGGCCCAGCAGGCCCACGGUCAGGCUGGUGGACGCCGUGGGGGAUGCUAAGCCUCAGCCCGUUGACUCCUGGGUCUAGCUUGCAUGCCUGGGCCCUGGCCCAGCCUCUUGUUCUUAGGGCUUGGAUCCUGGAAGAAGCAGAUGCUACCGUGGAGCAUGGAGCCCCCUGGUGGCAGGGCUUCGCAGCGCCUCACCGCAGCCAAGACUGACUUUGGGGACACCCUCCUGCCUUCCCCCCACCCCCGCCCCACCUAACUCCCUAGGCCUGAGUUAGCUGUUUACUGACAUGGUGCUGUGUGUGAGCGAAUGACAGAAGGCCCGAGGAGGCUGACUGGGCUGCUGGGGCAGGGCCCAGGGAGAUGGCAGGGAAGGGUACUUGGCUGGGCUUUGGGGCUGGUGGAACAGGAGGGUGCCCCUGGGAACACAGUGCCCCAGAGGAGUGGGCCAGGUCUGGCACCACAGGCAGGUGGCUAGGCAGGGAGGGGGCAGGGAAAGAACUUGGACUCCAUAAGGUGGAGCGGCUUCCUGGGCACCCUGCAGGCAGGCAGACCACGGUGUGGGGGGUACCUCAUGAGGCUCAGUCCAGGGCAAGGAAGCUUUGGAAGCAGCAAGAUGGGGAUCAGGCUGCAGGUGCCCCACCUCCCCAGAGUCCGGAUGGCAUGCGGGGCCCCUGUGCUGUGGAGCCCUUCACCAGCUGAUGCCAGCUGGGGCUGGGGCCGCUGCGUCUGCCUGGAGCCCAGGCGGCAUCUCCAGGACUGACCUUCAGCAGUGGCAGGGGGACUGCUUUCAGUGCCUGCUCAGUCCGUGACUCAGAAACAGAAGAAAAACACUGAGAAAAAGCAUUAAAAAUGAAGCCAAAAUAAGACUAUUGGUAAACAUCUAAAUUUUUGUAAGAAAAUUUAAAAAUUAAAGCAGCAAAGGAA